AUGAACCCACAAUUACAUCUAGAUACCUCUAAUAUCGGGGUGAACCAGAGAUAUUCGUAUAUGGAGACUCCGUUGGAGAUGAGUCCCCCAGGCCAGCAUCUUGCGCGACUGGCAUCACCACCUAUCGCUCCGGAGUUCAGCGAAAAGGCGCAAUAUGUUCAGCAGAGCACCAACCAGGCCUAUGGCCCCGACAUUCGACAGCACCCAGCAAACUAUGCCCCCUUUGCGGACAAUAUAUCUCAACAACCUCAACUACCCAGCGCGACGCACGACCCGCCAUAUGUGAAGCCUCCAAGUUCUCCAGGCCCCCUUCCUGUUAAAACGAACCCGAAUGCGUUUGGACAAGAGCUCAACCAUCAGACAAUACCUGUUGAACCAGAUGCGAAUCCUCUGCAGUCUCCCAAGGUCCCGUAUUUCCCACCUCCUGCAACCUUAUCUCAACCAACCCCAACCAGCGAUCUUAUGACCUAUCACCGACCAGGGCAAAUAUCUCACCCCAGUCAGAAAAUCAGGGGUGGAACAUGGAGCCAUGGCUUAUGCGAAUGCUCCAGCAUUGGAGUCUGUUGUCUUGGACUUAUAUGCCCGUGUAUUUUAUACGGCCGGACCCAGCAUCGGCUUUCCCUAAGAUCCCGCAAAGAGGACCCAACGAACAUGCUGGGACAUGAGACAUGCAAUGGGUCAUGCACCGCUAUGGCAUUGCUCUGUGGAUGCCAGUGGCUUCUGGCUACAAUUCAACACACUCGCACACGCAGGGCAUAUUCAAUACGAGGUGACAUUGCGUCGGACUGUGUGCGAGCGACUUGCUGCAUGUGCUGCACAUUAAUUCAGGACGAAAAGGAGAUCAAGGCUCGAGAGGAAGAGCGUGCAACGGCUGCGCGGGCGGCCGGGGCUACUCUCGUUUCCCCAUACCUGGCACCGAUGCCCAUGUCUUACGGUCCACCACCC